AUGUCUAUCUUGAUCCUUUGUUUCCUCUUCCUCUUCCCUAUCUCUUUGAUCCUCCUUAAAAGGAUUUCAUCCUCGAAAGGGAAUUUGAAUCUUCCUCCGGGACCUAAGCGUCUUCCGAUCAUCGGAAACUUGCACCAGCUUGGGAAAUUUCUCCACACAUCUCUUCAGAAAAUCUCCCAAGAAUAUGGACCAGUGAUGCUUCUCCAUUUUGGCGUGGUCCCUGUUGUCGUUGUCUCUUCCAAAGAAGGAGCUGAGGAAGUGCUUAAGACUCAUGAUCUUGAGACUUGUGGCCGACCUAAGUCGGUCGGGAUUGGGUUGUUUACUUACAACUUCAAAGACAUAGGUUUUGCAACCUACGGUGACGACUGGAGAGAGAUGAGGAAAAUCGCGGUGCACGAGCUUUUUAGCCAGAAGAAGCUCAAGUCUUUCAGGUAUAUUAGAGAGGGAGAGAGCGAGUUGUUGGUCAAGAAGCUAUCAAAUUCUGCUAAUGAGACACCAACCUCAUCAGUUGAUUUGAGGAAAGUCAUUUUCACCUUCGCUGCCAGCAUCAUUUGUAGACUUGCUUUUGGACAAAACUUCCACGAGUGCGAUUUUGUCGAUAUGGAUAAAGUGGAAGAGUUGGUGCUUGAAUCAGAGACCAGCAUUGGUACUUUGGCGUUCGCCGACUUCUUCCCUGCCGGAUGGGUCAUAGAUCGGAUAUCCGGUCAGUACUCGAAGGUAAAGAAAGCCUUUGCUAAACUCGACAAGUUCUUUAACCAUGUGAUCGCUGAUCAUUUGAAGACUGGACAACCCCAAGAUCACUCAGACAUCAUCAGUGUCAUGUUGGAUAUGAUCAACCAACCAACAAAAGCCGGUUCUUUCAAAGUCACUGAGGACCAUCUCAAAGGAGUCAUGUCGGAUGUGUUCUUGGCUGGAGUGAACGCGGGAGCAAUCACGAUGAUAUGGAAUAUGACAGAGCUAGCGAGACAUCCGAUAGUGAUGAAGAAACUCCAAGAAGAAAUUCGAGCAAUACUAGGACCCAACAAAGACAGAAUCACAGAAGAAGAUCUUGAGAAAGUUGAGUACUUGAAGAUUGUGAUCCAGGAAACAUUCAGACUUCACCCACCUGUUCCUCUCUUGCUCCCAAGACAGACAAUGUCAGACGUCAAGAUCCAAGGCUACAACAUUCCCAAGGACACCAUGCUCCAAAUCAACACUUACGCGAUAAACCGUGAUCCCAAAAACUGGACCAACCCCGACGAGUUCAUACCCGAGAGGUUUGCCAAUAACCCUAUCGACAUUAAGGGUCAGCAUUUUGAGCUAUUGCCGUUUGGAGGGGGACGUAGGAUAUGUCCCGGGAUGGGUACAGGUAUCACCAUUGUGGAGCUUGGCCUUCUUAACCUUCUUUACUUCUUCGAUUGGAGUUUGCCCGAGGGAACGACCAUUAAAGACAUCGACAUGGAAGAAGUCGGAGCUUUCGUCAUCGCCAAGAAAGUCCCUCUUGAGCUCGUACCGACUCUUCAUCGCUGGUGA